CACAUCGCUGAUCUGGGGAGAGCUAGCGUCAUUUGGACGCUGUGGGGGGAAAGAAUGUGUAAAGUGAGAAUGCUGCGAGAGCUGGUGAAGCAGCGACUCAACGUGGCUAUCGAGGAGAUCUUCGAACUGUUCGACGAAACCCUAGCGGAGUACGAGGAGGAACUUUGUCGCACGAAAGCGGAGAACGUGCGACAACGCGAACUCCUGGAUGCUGUUCUCAAACCUCAAGUUGGAGUCCACUCAACAGGUUUGCUGGACCGUUUUCAUCUCACGUGUUCAACAGCUAGACAUCCAGCAGGUGUUGGUGGAGCAUCAAGAAGAGGUUCCUUCGGCGCAGCGGGAGUGGCGCGCCAAUCUGGAGGAGGAGCUAGCAGAGCCCCCUCGCAUAAAAGAGGAAGCGUGGAGCAGUCGGGAUAGCGAGCGGCUUCCGGCGCUGGAGGAUGAGGAGGCUGACGUGACCGCCUUUGCGCUGACCGGCGGCGGCGGCGUGGCCGUGAAGAGUGAAGACGACGGCGGCGGCGGCGGCGAAGCUCUGCGGCUUCAUCGCGGUCAAAGCGAGCGCAGCAGAAAAGCGGAUGGAGGAGGAUCAGACAUGGACGGCAUGAUGUCGCACUCUUCCGAAACUGAUCACAGCGACCACGCCGAAGAAACUUUGGUUCAGAACUCCCAAAGGGAUACCGGACACCACGCAGACAACAAACAGUUCAAGUGCUCUGAAUGCGGCAAAAGGUUCGCGCACAAGGGAAGUUUGAAAAUCCACAUGAUCACGCACACGGGAGAGAAACACUUCGCUUGCUCCUUUUGCGCCAAAACCUUCUACUUAAAGCAUCACAUGAACAGACACAUGCGAAUUCACACGGGGGAGCAUCCCUACUCCUGCUCGGUUUGCGCUAAGGGCUUCCGAGAUAAAUACAAACUCAUCAACCACAUGAGGACGCACGCGGCUGAGAAACCUUUCGCCUGCUCGGUUUGUACGAAACGUUUCUCCAGUCGGGAAUGUCUGGCGUUGCACGUGACGACACACGCGGCAGAGAACGCUUCGGCCUCGAGCGGCGCCCGUCCUGUUCCGUCACAAGUCGCUAGCAACUUUGCCCCGCUUUCGGACGUGGACGACGAUGACGGCGACGCUAUGUCUCCCUCUUCUGAUACGGAUCACAGCGACGACGCCAGUAAGAAGCCCGAAGGCGACGGCGACAGCAAUGACUUCAUCUGCUCCAAAUGCGGGAAAACCUUUUACCACAAGGGGCAUCUGAACAGACACAUGAUAACGCACACCGGGGAGAAACCUUUCGGUUGUUCGUGUUGCACCAAACGAUUUACCCGCAAGUCCGAUCUGAAGGUACACGUCCAGGUCAAACACACAGGCGACAAGCCCUUCGAGUGCAGCGUUUGCGCCAAAACGUUCCCCGUCAAGAGAUAUCUGAUCACGCACAUGAGAAAGCACAACGCCGGUCUCCCGUUUAGCUGCCCGGCGUGCGGGAAAGGUUUCUCUGCGAAAGAAGAAUUGGAAACGCACGUAGCGACGGACGCCGAAUGCGGAGGAUCGCAAGCGGACGACACGACGCCGCACUCUUCGGAACCGGAGCGCAAUAAGAACGCCAAACGCGACGCCGCGCAACACACGGGCUUCAUCUGCUCCGAGUGCGGCAAGUCGUUCGUCCAGAAGGCCACUUUGAACCGACACAUGCGAAUCCACACCGGGGAGAAACCUUUCGGCUGCACGGUUUGCGGCAAACGCUUCUCCCGAAACGGCGAUUUGACCAUCCACGUGAGAACGCACUCGGCGGACAAACCUUUCAACUGCACGCUGUGCGCCGAGUCCUUCUCCCUCAAGCACUACCUGAACGUACACAUGAAGAGACACUUUGCCGACAAGCCGUUCGCUUGCUCCGUGUGCGCCAAACGCUUCAACACCAAAGCGCACCUGAAGACGCACAUGAAGAGGCACACGGGGGAGAAACCCUUCAGCUGCGAAGUGUGCGGCCGCUGCUUCUUCUGCAAGCGCGACGUCAGGACGCACAUGCGGACGCACACCGGCGAGAAACCCUUCACGUGUCCCGUGUGCAAAAAAGGCUUCUCCACCAAAACGUACGUCUCCAUGCACAUGAGGACGCACACCGGGGAGAGGCUGUUCAGCUGCGACGCCUGUCACAAAAGAUUCACCUUCAAGACGCAAGUCUACAGUCACGUGUGCACCGGCUACAAAAACAGCAAUAACGACACUGCGGGAAUUUAAACGCUGUGACAGACUGUCAAUCUCUUUCAAGUACCGCAGUGCUUUGUAGAUAUUUGUUAAACGUGUUGGCAGCACCUUGGCGUAGCGGUUAUGCCAGCUGACCUGCGUUGAAAAGCAGAGUACACACUCAACUGGUCAAUUAUAGAGACAGACAAUCCUAACAAACCUGAACAAAAUCUGGCAAAUAUGUGAUUAAAAUCAUGUAGAAAGGUGCAAUAAAAAAAAACAUCCAGCAAACCAAUCUAACAAAAACAUGAACAAAAGUGUUUCCAAAAAUGGAAAACAAAAAUCAGACAGUAAUCUGUUAUGAUUAUUUUUUUUUUUUUUCAAGGGGACAAAAAGUACAAAAAAAACCCAGACAGGGACAAAAGAGACAACACUUUAACAAAAAAGACAAUCAAUCAUAAAAAGAAAUUUACCAUACCACACAAAAAUAUGCCGAAUUUAGGAUUUUUUUAAAAUAAAUUGGGCAAAAGCGUCGACAUUUUUUUUAAGAAAACAUGAAAAGAAAAUUUCAAAAUCCGACAAACAAACCGAGUAAAGAAAGUACAAAAAUAUUACAAGAAUCAGACAGACUUUUCUAUGUGAUUUUUAAAAAGCAGACAAAAAAAAUAUAAAAGUCUAUCAAAAAACUGACACAAAUCUGGCAAAAAAAUACAGCAAAAACUUUGACAAAAACAAGUUCAAAUCAAGCAAAAAAUGAGGGCUAACUGAUACAAAUGUGACUUAAAAAAACAGACAAAUCGGGGGGGGGGGGGGGUAAUAACCUAUAAAAAGCUUACAAAAACUUGGAAAACAUGACCAUUAAAAAGCAGCCCCCCACCCCAAAAAGGACAAAAAGCUGGCAAAAAUAGCAGAAAAAACAUUUGGGCUGGGGAAAAAAAUUGAACAAACUUAAAACAAAAAGGCAACAAAUCUAAACAUGAUGAAAGUCAGACACAAAAUGAUUUAGACUCUGACAUGAACACACAGCAAAUUAGAAUUGAACAGAACGGAACAAAAAUGACAUGGUGACAUUCACUGCUGUAAAUAAACUCCGGCGGGGGUGUGAGUGUGAACGCUUGUUUGUCUCUGUGUGCCCUGCAAGGGGCCGCCCGAAUGAGGACGAGCGCAAAACAAAAUCCGACCCCGUGUGUCCGUAUUAAGCGUACAUCAAACUCAUGUCACCUUGUGUUCUCAUUUGAUAUUUUUAUAUCUAUAAAUGUGUGUCAUGGAUGUCAUCCCACUGUCGGUAUACUGUGAGAAAUAGCUGAAAGUAUAACUCGCAUCAAAGCUCAUGAUGUGUCCUUACGCUUCCUGUAGUUUGACUUGGUUUUAGUUGGAUUUUACAUUGACUUAACAUCUCUUUGUCCUCGUACGACUCUUUUAGAAUGUUACCUGAAACGUUGCCUGUACAGUUAAUGUUUAUGAUGGUGACAGCCUGGAGCAAAUUAAAAGAAAUGCAUUUA